UUCCUCUCGGCGCGGAGCAGCAGCCAUGGGCUCGGUGUCGCAGCUCCCGCCGUCCCCGCCGCUCGGGGAAUGCGAUCGGGAAGCGGGGGCGGCGGCCGCCUGGCACCGGCGGCGCCCGGAGGAGCAGGUCCACCAAGAACAAAGGAACCACACCACAGAACCUGUGAUAGACGACUAUAAAAAGAUGGGGACACUCUUUGGAGAGCUAAACAAAAGCCUUAUCAGAAUAGGCUUCACAAGGAUGUACUUUGGAGAACGGAUAGUAGAACCUGUAAUAAUUAUAUUCUUCUGGGUUAUGCUCUGGUUUCUUGGCCUACAGGCUCUUGGACUGGUGGCUGUUCUGUGCCUUGUCAUUAUUUAUGUACAACAGUAAAAUUUUGUAGAUACUAUUUGUAUUAUGUAUUUCAACAGUGUCACUAUGUCAGUGGUUUUAUGUGUUUAAGUAAAUGGGUGGUAUAUCAAAAGCUGCAAUACUUCAAAUUGCUAAAUUUCCAAUGAGGGGGGCUAAAAUUACAUUUUAAGCCAAAUCAGCAGUGUCCUUACUACAUCUUUUAGAGGGAAGAAAGGAGAUGUUUGUAAUGUAAUGGUGUGAAAUGUACUGAUUUCUGGGCUCUUGGGGCCUUAGCUGAAGGACUGGCUUUUCAUUUUCCCCCUCCCUUCUCCCCAUGUUCUUUCUUUGUAUAGUAAAAAUUUCAUGUCUGGUUUUAAGAGGGCACUUGAUAUGAGUGUUCUGUUUCACUGCUGAGGGGGUUCAUGUGCUGUUUGUUCCCUGAAUCUGCAUAACUUGUUAGUGAUUUGCUGAAAAGCUAAAUCUGGACAAAGGAGGUUUGGUAACAAACCUGUAAUGACAAGCAUUCAUAAGAUGAAUACAAUUUCCAGACGCAAAACCAAAUUUGGUUAGUGUAAUUUAUAGUAAGCUCUCCCCCAGGAAACAAACUGUACCAGCAAAAUGCCCUUAUACUAAUGUUAAUGACUUCACACAAGACUUCAGCUAUUGUUUAGGAGAAAUUCCGGUCCUACAUUGGCCAAGCAGUCUAAUGUUGCACUGCCUUGUUUUUUGGAAAUGUACUCAGUUCCUACUGCUAUUUUUCUUUCUUUAUUCUUUGUACUUGCUCUUUCCCCCAGUCCUCCUUCUUAAGAUAAAUAUUUGGAUAAAUCAUGGAGUUUGUAGGUAGUUCCAGCUGCAGUGUUGGACACUUGCCAUUCCAGACAGCAGUGCUAGAAUGUUGUCUGCUUCCUCUGGGUGGUGUGAGAAGUGGCUGAACAACCAGAUAUUAGACCAGAUCUUUCAAUGCUUCCCAUAUUUGCUGCAGUGUGGGCCCACACAAGCUAAAGCUUUCUGCACCUAAGCACACUGGACCUGUUUCCUUCAUUCAAGAUAAAAAUGGAGUUGAAACCAGGUGGUCAUUUUACUUAGUAGUUUUAACUGGUUCCUUUCCAUACGAGGCAGCCAAAAUGCCUAGCCAUAGGUGUAUGUCAGGGACCACACAACCUAGAGAAAAGGUUAUAUAGAUUCAGGAGUGGAUGCAGAAUUCACUCAGCUCCCCAGUAGCCACCUCAGGGGUAUGCUGCGUACUUCCAAGUUCUCCUCUUAUGAAGAGAAACAGAAAAAUGGGACAAUAUCUUUACUACUUCUACUUUAUUACUACUGCUAAAUAGGCUACCAAUUUAAUAUUUGUUAUACAUUACUUUUAACAAGAAACUUGAUUGCAGAAUUGGCUUCAUCUGUGGUAGAGUGAAAUUGUGUAAUAGGAGAUGUGAAAUUUACAGAAAAUUACUUAACCUUUUGCAGUGACUUUUUUCCUAAAUGCUUUUACAAGAAUAAAUUAGUUGAAGAUGCUGUCUUAUUCAAAGACUUUUAAAGUUAAGGAUUGGCUCUCUAGAGUCCCAGUCCUGCAACUGGAUUCUCAAGUCCAGCUUUAUGCAUGCAUCAUUUUGUCAGUUGGGCUCUGUUUCCAGGACUCCUGGAAGUUCUUAAAGACUUUCCUGUUAGGGAAAUAAUUGUUGUUUAUUGCAGUGAACAUGAAAGCCCAUCUCCUCUGGAGUCUUUUGUACUGAAAUGCCAUCUCUAGACAUGUCUGUCUGCUUUUAUAAUGAACAAGUAGUAUCCUUCUGAGGAGACAGGUCACCUCUCUGGAUCUUCAGAUGACCCUGCAUGUGGAUUCAGGAGGUUCUACUGAACCAGCAGGACUGCAGGGCACUGGAACUGAGGCCCAGCUGUGUAGUUAGAUGGCAACCUGUGUUGACUGGCACCUGAUCAAAUAGUUAUGCUGGUGGCAGGGAAACAUUGGUGUUUCUGGAUACAGGGGGUUUUGUUGUUCAAAGCUUGAAGUCCCAAAGCAAACAGCAAGUACAGGCUGAACUCAGAGCCAGGAGCUCUGUACUCAAAAGUGCCUAGGGGUAAGCUCUGGAGUUUUUUCAAGUCCGCUAGAAGGAGAGCAUCUGUUUACAUCUUUGUGUAUUUGUGUAGGUAGAAUGAUGGGGUUAUGUGUAUUCUCCUCCUGUAUAAGGGCUGUGUUACAAAAGCAUCCUGUUGUUAAAAGUAAAAAAUAAAAAAAAUCAUUUCUUUCUUCCUACAAUCCAGUUACUGUACAAAGGAUCUCAUCUAAUUCCUUUCAUCCCAUAGGAAAAAGUGUGUCUGUGAUACCCUUGUUGCAGUAGUUCUCUUGAGUAAAGAUGCUGUGCUGUGAGAAGGCUGGUAUUUCCUUGAAGUGGUCAUUCUGCUCUGUACAUAAGGAAGGAGGAACAGUGAACCAUGGGUGUGACUGACAACUUCAGUGAGGAUGUUGUUUGUAUGCAUGUGACCUUUUAGUAUGAGCAGAGCUGUGACUGUUGCACUCAUGAAUUCAGUUCAGUUGCUUGUUUGAUGUUCAUAUUUGUGUACAUGUAGAUAGGCUGGCUUUGGGACUGAGAUUGUGUUUAGUGAAUGUCUCAGGUGGUUGUUCUUAAGGGUAACUAUGUCUUGUCCUUUAUAGAGGUGUAGAAGCAAAGGAAUCACCAAAUGUUCAAAGGAUGUCCCUAGCUAAAAAAGCAGGAGGUUAAUUUUAAAAAAGAAAAAAAAGACAAUUUCACUGUUGUCUCUAUGUAGUAAAAACUGAUAAUGUUGUUUAUGCUGUUACAUGUUGUUGUUAUUGCUAUUAUUAUUAUUGUUAGAAUUGAAUGCACCUUUAUGCAUCUGUGUAGGACUGUAUGAAAGAAUUAUGUCCCUUAAAUCUGUGUUAAACAACAAACAAUAUAAUUCCUGUUGGUCGAUGUGACAUUGCGAGCAUUUUGCAUAACCUCCAUUUUUUAAGGGAUGGACUCUUCAGUACUGUUUCACACCUGCCAAAUGCCUAAAUGGUUGAAAUAGUGUGUACAGAGAAGCUCUGCAGAAGAAUCUUGGAGAACCCUGUUUGCCCUGAAACGUCAUCACAUCAAAACUGUCCAUAUAAAAAAGAAAAAUUCUAUUUCUUAAAAACUCUGUAUUGAAUUAAUCCUAUGGGAAGCACUUUGUUACUCUUUCUAAUAAAAGGUA